AUGCCAUCUGAUAUCAGGAGCUUCUUUGGAGGCAAGCCUGCUCAGGCUUCAAGCACCGCUCCGAAGCCUGCAAAAGAGGACCCCUCUGCUGCACGGAAACGACGAAGCAGAAAGGUGGUGGACGAUAGCGACGAUGAUGAAGAUGUUGCGCCAGCAAAAGCGCCAACGCCCAAAGCGAAACCGAAGGCUCAACCGAAACGCGAGGAACCAAAAGGCGAACCUACAACUAGUUCAGACUACUUUGCUUCAAGCAAAAAGCGAGGCCGGCCUUCCAAGACCAUAACCGAGUCAAAAACCGAUGAAGCCCCCGUCAAGCCUUCCCGAACUGCCACGAAGAAGACCACAAAGGAUGUGGUCGAUGACGAGGGACUUGGUGGAGACGACAUUUUCGCAAACGAAUACAGCAAAAAGAAGGGUGACGACUAUGUCGCUGCAGACAGUGACGACGAUGAUGAUUUCGAGGUGCUAGAAGUCAAACCGGCAACUGCGGCUUCGAAGAGAAACCAAAAGAAGCCCUCGGUUCUUGACGAUGACGAUGAUGUGGUCAUGGAAGAUCUCCCAAAGGUCGCUUCCAAACCCGCUAGAGCAGGCCGAAAGCGAAAGUCCGAAGCCCUCAUCGACGAAGAUGAGGAUGAUGACUACCAGGAAACGAAGAAGAAACCAGCACCUCGAGCCAAGUCGACUGCCUCUCCCGCAGCCAAGAAAACGAAAGCCGCUCCCAAGAAGAAAGAACCAGAACCGGAAGAUCCUGAGAUUCAGAAAAUCUUGGACAGCAUUCCCACCAUUAGGCCACCAUCGCCACCUGCCGCUACUGGGGAGACCCAGAAGUGGCAAUUUGGCGCGCAGCGUUCUCGCACUCCUCCGACUGCAGGCACCAAGGAACUUCCUAUCGGAGCUGAGGACUGCCUGGCAGGGCUAGUGUUUGUAUUCACUGGUAUUCUCGACACCCUGGGUCGUGAAGAAGGCCAGGAAUUAGUCAAGAAAUACGGCGGCAAAGUCACUGGAGGCCCAAGCUCCAAGACCAGCUAUGUUGUUCUCGGCAGUGAUGCUGGCCCAAAGAAACUCGAGACUAUUCAAAAGUACAAUCUCAAGACCAUCAACGAGGAUGGUCUCUUCGAGUUGAUCCGGCGUUUGCCUGCAUAUGGCGGCUCUGGAAAAGCUGCGGAAAAGCAUGCAGCCAAAAAGAAAGCAGAGGAAGACAAGGUCUUGAAGAUGGCAGCAGAGAUUGACGCAGAAGAAAAGAAACAGGAAGCGGCCAAGGCCAAGGCCAAGUCUCAACAAAAUGGCCGAACUCCGCUUGCAGCUCAGGGUCCGCCGGUUGAUGACCAACUUUGGACCACCAAGUAUGCGCCUACCUCAAUCAACAUGAUCUGCGGCAACAAGGGUGCUGUCGAGAAAAUCCAGAAAUGGUUACGAAAUUGGCAUAAAAAUGCCAAAGACAAUUUCAAAAAGGCUGGACCAGACGGCUCGGGUAUCUAUCGUGCAGUUAUAAUCCAUGGCCCUCCAGGAAUUGGCAAGACCACAGCUGCACACCUGGUGGCCAAGAUGGAAGGAUAUGAUAUCGUCGAAACCAACGCCAGCGAUACCAGAAGUAAAAAGCUUGUUGAGGCUGGCACCUUGGGAGUCCUGGACACAACAUCUUUGCAAGGAUACUUUGCUGGAGAAGGCAAGAAAGUUGAAAGCGAGAAGCGCAAUCUGUGCCUUAUCAUGGAUGAAGUCGAUGGUAUGUCAGCUGGUGAUCGCGGAGGUGUUGGCGCAGUAGCAGCCAUCGUCAAGAAGACCAAUAUCCCAAUCAUCCUCAUUUGCAACGAGCGUCGAUUGCCCAAGAUGAAGCCCUUUGACCACAUCACCUUCGAUGUUCCGUUCAGACGCCCAUCGGGGGCUGAACUUGUUGCCAGACUUUCUACUAUUUGCUUCCGCGAGAAGAUGAAGCUCCCCACAUCUGUGCUGGAGGCUCUGAUUGAAGGCUCACAUGCUGAUAUCCGACAAAUCAUCAACAUGUUGUCUGCCGUCAAGCUGGACCUGUCCAACGUGGAUGACAAGUCGGCCAUAGAUUUCGAUAAAGGCAAACAGAUGGCCAAGGCGUGGGAGAAGCAUAUCAUCCUCAAGCCCUGGGAUAUCACAAGCAAAAUUCUCAACGCGCAAACGUUUGCACCGAGCUCGACCUCGACAUUGAACGACAAGACUGAACUUUACUUCAACGACCACGAGUUUAGCUAUCUGAUGCUCCAGGAAAACUAUCUCCGAACAGCUCCCACUCUCGCAUCAAGAUAUGAUGAAGGAAAGGAGAAAAGAUUGAAGCAACUCGAACUGAUGGACAACGCCGCGUCGAGUAUCAGUGACGGAGAUCUCGUGGACCGCAUGAUCCAUGGAACCCAGCAACAAUGGAGUCUGAUGCCUACGCACGCUAUUUUCAGCUUUGUGAGACCGGCCAGUUUCAUGUUUGGCAACAUGAAGGAGCGGCCACAGUUUACCAGCUGGCUUGGCCAGAACAGCAAGCAAGGUAAGCUGUCACGUUUCGUCAAGGAGAUCCAAGGCCACACGCGUCUCCGGACUUCCGGCAAUCGUGACGAGAUUCGUCAACAAUAUAUGCCGUUGAUCUGGGACAAGACGGUCAAGCGUCUCAUGGAUGAGGGCAAGGAGAGUGUUGACGAAGUCAUCGACUUCAUGGAUGCAUACUUCCUCACGCGUGAUGACUUUGACGCGAUGGUCGAGCUCGGACUUGGGCCCAUGGAUCAAUCCAAGGUCAAGCUCGACACCCAGACCAAGGCCACCUUCACGCGUCUUUAUAACCAACGCUCACAUCCUCUGCCAUUCAUGAAGGCGAGCAAUGUCGUGGUACCGAAGAAGGAAACCAAGGAGAGGCCUGACGUGGAAGACGUCGUUGAAGAAUCGGAUGAAGAGGAGGUCGUUGAUGAGGCCAAGGGCGACGAUGAAGACGAGCUGGAUUUGAAAAAGGACAAGUACGUUAGUGUGCCCAAGAAAAAGGCCGGCGCAGGGAAAGCCAAGAAGGGAAAGAAGGCCGCCGCUGCAGAUGAAGAUGGCUUUAUCGACGAUAGCGAGGAGAAGCCCAAGAAGGGUCGCAAGACCAAGGCCAAGACCAAGGCAUAG